GGGCUACGGUCCUGCGGGGCGGGUCCCAGGCUUCCCGCUUCGCUGAGGUGGCGGCGUGACGAAAUUGACGCAGGGGGUCCGCAUGGGGCGGCGGUGGAGGAAGCCGCUUGUGGUGCGCUGCUAGGGGGCGGCCCCGCCGGCGCUGGGAGCUGGUGUUUACGAGGUGACCAGCUGGUUCCAUCGGAGGACGCCGCCACAUUCUGAAGGGGAGCGAGGCGGCGGACCGCGCGCCCACGAGUGGGGAGGAUGCUGGUGGUGGAGGUGGCGAACGGCCGCUCCCUGGUGUGGGGGGCCGAGGCGGUGCAGGCGCUGCGGGAGCGCCUGGGAGUCGGGGGCCGCACGGUGGGCGCCCUGCCCCGCGGGCCCCGCCAGAACUCGCGCCUGGGCCUCCCGCUGCUGCUGAUGCCGGAGGAGGCGCGGCUCCUGGCCGAGAUCGGCGCCGUGACCCUGGUCAGCGCCCCGCGCCCGGAUCCCCGCCAACACAGCCUGGCUCUGGCAUCCUUCAAGCGUGAGCAGGAGCAGGGCUUCCAGGAGCAAAGCGCCCUGGCGGCCGAGGCCCGCGAGACCCGCCGCCAGGAGCUCCUGGAGAAGAUCGCAGAGGGCCAGGCGGCCAAGAAGCAGAAGCUGGACCGGGGCUCCGGGACCAGCGAGAGCCAGGAAGCCAGUGAGAACCCAGCCGCGGAGGAUGAGGCCGGUGCGAGCCAGGCUUCUGGAGAGCAGGAGGAAGCCGGCUCCUCCUCUCCCCAACCAGGGCCUUCCGAGGGGGCGGCCCCCCUGCCCAGGUCUGCCCUGCUCGUCCAGCUGGCCACAGCUAGGCCUCGGCCCAUCAAGGCCAGGCCCCUGGACUGGAGGGUGCAGUCCAAGGACUGGCCCCACGCCGGCCGCCCGGCCCAUGAGCUGCGCUACAGCAUCUACAGAGACCUGUGGGAGCGAGGCUUCUUCCUCAGCGCGGCUGGCAAGUUCGGGGGCGACUUCCUGGUCUAUCCUGGUGACCCGCUCCGCUUCCAUGCCCACUACAUCGCCCAGUGCUGGGCUCCCGGGGACCCCAUCCCACUCCAGGACCUGGUGUCUGCCGGCCGCCUGGGAACCAGCGUCAGGAAGACGCUGCUCCUCUGUUCUCCGCAGCCGGAUGGUAAGGUGGUCUACACCUCCCUGCAGUGGGCCAGCCUGCAGUGAACUCCAGAGACUUACAGGGCGUGGCUGCGUCUGGGGCGAGAGCCUUUCGACAUGGUCCCAAGUUCAUCUCUGUGUGGGAGACGAGAACACCUUCCUACCUCUGCCUACGGCUAGUUUUUGAUUCCAGAUUUAUGAACACUACAUCCUCCUUGUGUCCCUCCAUGUUUCAAAGCACUUACUGGCUGUGUUGUUUUUGUAGUUACUUGUUUCCAAACUGUGAGCUUCUUGAGAGUGAAGACUCGGUUUGAUUCAUCUCUCUUUUCUACAGGGCUCAGGUCCCAAGAGAUCUCAAUAAACUUGUUGAAUAAA